GAAAUAAGUUUUGACCAUUCCUCUACACAAUUUUGGAAAGUUCCUUUUGAGAUUAUAUUUUUAGUAGAUCAAUGUAGUGCUUUGGAACAAGAAUCUGUAAUAAAUCAACUUGGAUUUAAACCUGGAUAUAUUUGUUCCUUGCUUAACCUAUUAUUUUUUCUGUCCUUUUAUCACAAAAUUAUUUAAAAUUAAACUUUGUUGAGAAAUUAUUUAGAAUUGCUUUGCAGUCGGCUUAUUAAUUUCCUCUGAAGUUAACAAGGCGAAUCUCAAGUUAUGUCACAGAAUGAAGUGAGUUAUGGUCAAUCAAGUUGCCCCAUUGAGAUUGAUAUGGAAAAGGGUCGGCCCCAACCUUGGUGCAUGAGGCCAUUCAGCAAAUUGGCAUGUAAAAAAUUAUCACUGGCGCUUUGCCUCGCGUUUACGUCAAGACCAAUUGAAUCAAUUUGCUUUUAUUCGCCUGGAGAUGAAGACGUCGGCGAACCUGAUGCUUACAGCCGCUGUGCGUGCUGUUUUCUUGCUCUUAUCUCUGCAGGUUGCCAUCUCCUAUCAGGAUGACUACGAGGAGUCGAAAUUUGAUUUCAGUGACCUGUGUCCGCUCAGUUACAGGGUGGUGCAAAUUGUUCAAAAUUCUUCUGAUCAAGUUUUUCAUUUGAAAAAAUCUCUGGAAGAUAGGUCAAACGAUGCGAAACAAAUCCAAGCUCUUGUCAAAUCGGGAGUAGAUUCCACGCUUGAGGUUGUAGAGAAAUUCGGAAAAUAUUUGGAAAAAAUGGACCGAGAAACAAGGACGAGUGACAGAAAAAUGCAUCAAGAAAUCAUGGUGAAAUUGGAGCAAGAUGGGAAAAAAGUUUCCUCGGAAAUUUCAUCGAUGUUUUCUAAGUUUGAGGAGAACAAUAACAGACUGUUCGAGAACAUGAAAAACGAAGUUCGGGCAGCAACCCUGCCAAUUUUGGAAGAAUUGAAAAAAUUUGAACGGAAGGUUUCGCAAUUCGAUAACGAGUUCCAGGCGCUUGAAAGCAAAACUAAGACAGCCCUUGGUCAGAUUGACAGAUUCAACUGCUCCAAAUACUAUGAAAAACUUACAGUCACAACCCUGCAAAAUGGAAAAAAGUAUUACCUCGGAGAAAGCAAGGUAACCUGGAGAGAUGCCAAACACAUUUGCGAGGAGAAUGAUAUGUCUCUGGCCUCCCUAAAGACAAGACGGGAAAUAAAGCUUUUGUGGAAGGUCGCGAAAAUUGACAAAGAGAGUGGCUCCUGGUUAUCGGCGUCUGAUAUCGGUCGUCGGCCUGGACACUUUGUCUGGCGUGGUGGCGAGAGGGUGUCCAGGGAAAAGGACUGGUGGGCCAAAAGAGAGCCCAACGACUUUGGCAAAGGGAAAGAAGCGUGCAUUGGCGUGUUCAACGACUCGCUCUUCAGCGACCCCUGCAAUUACACCGCUCACUUCAUCUGCGAGCUGCCGGCAGAGUGCUAUUGACCCAAUCUGAACGAUACCAAGACGAACGGUGGACGGUCAAAGAAAAUUGAUUGUUUAAUUACAAAAAAGUUUCAUGAAUAAAUCUUUUUACUCGUAUCUUUGCAAAAAAUUGAAUUCCUGAAGUAAAAAUUUUAAAUAUACUAUUUUUU